AUAUGCAAUAUUAACAAAAAAGAAAUUAAGAUACUGGUACAAAAAGCAAAAUCCCUGAAACAAAAAAACGAUGUCCCUGCCAUCUGAAACUAACAUGACACGUGCUUAGUGCUUUCGCGCCAAAUUUACUGACUGAAAUUGAUAGAACCAAAACCAGUUAGUAUGCAAUUGUGUUCUGUGAUAUUCUGCGGUGUAAUGAUUAGAUAUAUGUACCUAUGACAAACAAAACUAAUUUUUAAUUAAUCAACAAGUAAUUAUAUUUUUAGAGAAACAAUUUUUAAUAAUUUUUAAAAAUCGUCACUGCAAUUUAGUAAUUUUAUGAUAGUCACUUAACGUGGAAAAUUGAAUAAAUUGUCAUUAGCAAAAAAUUAACAAAGCAAAGCUUUAAGAAUAUGUUGAGAAAUUAGAAAUUUUGAACCAUGUAUGAAAAUAACAAUUCAAGUAAUGUGUGCAACGAUGAAUCUGAUGUACAGUAUGGAUAUAAAGAAUCUGAACUUGCUAAAGGAUUAGGAAAUUUUGUAGGACAGGAAAGUAAAUGCUCAGAAAUGAAAACUUACUCUGAUACUGAAAAGGAAAAUAUACUCAAUAAGACUUCAAAAGAAAUAGACAAUGAGCUUGAUCAGAAAAAUAAUGAAUGUAAAAAUGAAGCUAAUUAUUCUAAGAAUAAUGCCUGUAGUACAUCAAAUGAAUCUAUGAAAGAAAAAGAUUGUGAAUCUAAGCAAAAUGAUGAUAAAGCCAAAAGUCAAAUUGAUAAUAAUUCUGACAGUGAUACUGACAUAAUUAAUAAAAGCAUAAAAGAAAAAAAUAUAUCUGACCAAAAAGAUGACGAACUUAAAAACAAUAAUAUUCGCAACAGAUUAUUCAGGAUAAUAGACAGUGACUCAGAAGAAGAAAAUUUAUUUACCCCUAAGUUCAAGCAGAUAAAAUUUGUUGAUGAUGAAAAAGAUGAAAUGUCUAAUUCUGAACUCGAUGAUGUAUCUACAAAGAAUUUAAAUAAGAGCAGAACUAUGAAACUUGUUGACAGCGAUUCAGAUGAUACUUCCAGUAUUGUUCAUGCUAGUGAUGCUAAAAAAACAAUUUCAAAUGAGAAGGAGAUUGCAAACAGUGUAAGGAGCAAGCUUCAGACUCUAAUAGAUUCAGAAUCGGAUGAAGAAAAAAAAGAAUCAGAUGGAGAAAGAGAAGAAUCAGAUGAAGAACAACCAAACCCUAAAGUACAGAAUAAAAAUAAGAAAAAUUCUAAACCUAAGGAAAAACUGAGGAAAGUUUCAUUGAGAGCUUCUAAAGAAGAAGCUAUGAAACAAAUACAAAGUGAAACCCAGCGUUUGAUACGCGAGACAGAAAUUUCAUUACCAUAUCAUAAUCCAAAACAAAGAACAAUACAAGAAUUUUUAAAAAGGAGAAAAGUAAUUUCAUCUUUUCCAGUACCUACAGUGGCAUCUAAAUUGAAAGAGUUUUCCAGUAUUGUUGAUGAAAUUUUGAAGGAAAAAGAGAAAGAAGCAGAAAUAUUUUAUAAAUCUUCUGAUUCAGAAGAAGAGAUUAUAGAAAAUAAUACAGAAGAUAUGAACAUUCAGAGUACCAAAGAUGUUAAAAGAGACAAUGUUUCACGAAAAUUAUUUGAGGAUGAUUUAUUUACUGCAGAAACUAAUGAAGAACAAAAUAGUAUAAACAUAGUAGAAAAAAAAGAUGGAACUUCAACUGAAAUUAAAGACAUUGAAUGUAAUGAGACAAUAAUCAAUAAUGGAAUAGAAAAUGGUGCAAUUAAUUCAUUAACAGUAGACACACACUGUGAAUCUAGUAAUAUAAUGGAUAAGGGUGAAUCAAAAAUUGCAGAAAUAACUAUAGGUGAAAAAUCAAAUGAUUUAUUACAAGAAGCUACAAGUCAAAGUAAGAAUAAAGAAGAAAGUAUAUGCAGUUUAGAAAUUCUAAAUGAUAAUGCAAAAACGAUAAAAGAAUCUUCAGGAAUAAUUAUAAAUGAAUUUGAUGAAGAUGAUGAAUUUGAUUUUCCACCGUUGGAUUAUUUGGAUUCAUUAGAUACAACAAAGAAAAAUGUACAGAAUAUAGAAAAUUUAAAACCUAAAUUGCGAGGUAUUCCAGGUCAAGUUAUUGACUUAACAGAUGAUAUUACAUCAACUAAGAAAGGAAUAGAUGGUUUGAUAGAUCGAUUUGUACGAAAACAUUCUAAAUCCGAUCGGCCUAUUAAAAGUGUACCUAAAGUUACAACGACGCAAAUAAAGGAAACUCGAAAUGGUGGACUAUCGAUCAUUAAAGAAACAUUACCGUACAGAUUACCGUAUAUUGAAAAUAUAGAUCCUAAAUUGGAGAAACCCGGUGCGAAGUUAAUGCGCUUAAAAGAAGAGCUGAAACGUAGAAUGGCAAUAAAACGCAACGAGGAGUGGAAACAGAGAGAACAGGAAAUGAAAGAACAAGAAAUAGAAUGGAACGAAUCCAUAAAUGAAGAAGAUAAUUUCAAUGAACCAUAUUCGCCAAAUAUAGAACCUCAUAUAAGCGAAGAAGAUGAAAUAGAAGAGGACGAUGUAUACAUGAAAGUAGAAAAAAAGAGAAGGAAAAAAAAUGCUUUUGUAGAAGAUGAGGCCGAAGUCAGUGAAGAUGAAAUAAAUGAUAGCGAUGAUAUCGAAGACGAAUACGAAGAUGAAGCACAAGAAAGCUUGGGAGAAGAUGAAAAAUCUGAAAGACCCGUUUCGGAGAAUGAAGAUGAGAAUAGUAGUUGUGAUAGCAAUGAUACGCCUAAAAAAUGUCAAACAUUUAGGAGGAUUGUAAAACCUUUAGAUGAUGAUUCAAGAUCUUCAAUUGUUGAAAAUGAUAAAAAUAGUAUGGAACAGUCAACAUUUUCUUCUCAGGUUAAGUUAAAUGAUCUGUUUAAUAAAAGUGUGAGAAACACUGACUUAAACGCUCAUGAAGAUACUCCAAUUUCUGAAGUACAUGUAGAAAGUGAUUCAAAAUGGCAAAUGAACCAAACACCACAGUCUAAAAGCAACAAUCUUGAUUUCAUUUCUCCUAUAACACAAUUAACUGCAUUAAAUGUACAGUUGGAAGAAGAGAAAACAACAGAAGAUGAGGCACUAUCGCUUGUUGACCCCAUUUUGAGAGAAUUCACAAAAACUCCGGAAUCAUCUCAAAUAAAACGAGGUAUAUUCCAAAAGAAGUUAUUUGUUGAUCAGAGUGCUGUACUGGAUGAGGAACUCAUGGAAAUCUCUUCGGGUAAAUUUCCAGAAGAUAAUAUGCAACUCAAUUUUGCGAAAGAAUCUAAUGUGACUGAAUCGCAGUUAUUAGAAUUGUGUUCAGGAACAUUUAAUUCUCAAUCAAAUAAUGACAAAGAGUCAGUUAAUAUCACAGGUGGAACAUUUCAGAGUAUACAGGUACCCGAUGAAAAAGACUCUUCAAACACCGAAAUAGAUAAGAAAGAUAGGCAACAAUCAAAAAACGAAACAACAUUUUGGAACAAGUUACGCGUUUUGUCUUCCGAUGAAGAGGACUCAGUUGAAAAGGAAAUUAAAAAACGACCGAAGAAAAAAGUUAAGAAGUUAAAUUUAUCCGAUGACGAAGAUGAAAACAGUUCUGCAUUAAGCAGCAACGACGAAGCAGAAGAAGAUGAUGAAAAAUUUAUAGAUUACGACUCGGAGGAGAACGAAGUGAUUAUUCCAAAGAAAGAGAUAAAACAAUAUGCAGCAAAAUUUUUGGAGGAAGAAGCUGAGCUUAGUGAAAGUGAUUGUGAUGUAUCUGCGGACGAAGAUGAACAAGAUCUGGAUAAAUUGGAAUUAGAAGAUGGAGACAAUGAAGAAAUUGAUGAGACAAAAGUUAAAAAUCAAUUGGGAAAACUACACAUGAAACAAAUAUUGGACGAAGAUAAAAGAGAAGUGAGAAUGCUUCAAGAAAUGUUAUUCGAGGAGGGAGAUUUGUUUAGUGAAAGUACACGCGAGAGGAAAUUCAGAUGGAGAAACAUAGAUAAACAGGGUGAUAAUACAGAUGUCCAACCAUCAGAGGAUAAAGACGGUUGGGUGGAUGUCUCUGAUGACGAAGACGAAGAAAAGUGGCGUAAGAUAAGACUUGAAAGAGAAUCAUUUUUAGCAGAAAAAGUGACAAAUAUAGACACUGAAAUUGAAGAUGAGUUAAACAAUAGUCACAUAUUUAAAUUUGGUUUGAAGAUUUUAAAGAAAAGGCGAAUUAAUGAAUUACAGAAGGAAAAUACACUGGAAGAAACGCUUGACGAUUCCAAAACGGAACCAAAAAUAUCUCAUACUGUUGCGGAAAUGUUAAACACUUCAAAAUUGGAUGAAACAUCGCGUACGAUACGUAAUGUCAUGAAAAAACGUUCGUUCCUUGCCAAAGGAGAAGAAGCAUUGUCGCGUUUAGCCACAUUAGCCAGACGAAAGGAAACACCACUCUCGUCGAUAAAUACAAAGAAUUUUGUGUUUACGCAUAUUGAUAAUAGUGCCUCGAACAAAUGAAAUUGUUAAAAAGUUUUUAUAAUUUAAUAUUCGUUUUUAUGUGUAUAUAUAUAUAUAUAAAAUUUGAUAGACAGAAAUAAUACGUAGCGUGUAAGAAUUUUUAU